AGUGGGAGGAAUAGUGCCCCAUCAUUGGUGUCAGUGGGAGGAAUAGUGCCCCAUCAUUGGUGUCAGUGGGAGGAAUAGUGCCCCCCAUCAUUGGUAUCAGUGGGAGGAAUAGUGCCCCAUCGUUGGUGUCAGUGGGAGGAAUAGUGCCCCAUGUGGGUGUCAUUGGGGGGAAUAGUGCCCCAUCGUUGGUGUGCCCCAGUGGUGGGGGGGAAUAGUGCCCCAUCGUUGGUGUCAGUGGGGGGAGGAAUAGUGCCCCAUCGUUGGUAUUAGUG